CCGGCAGCGGCUGCCGGAGGCUCCCCGGCCUUAGCUCGGCUUCCAAAGCAGCAGGACCUUGUGGUAGCUCUGUCUACCAGCCUGCUUUCUCCUUGCCACACUCUCUGGCUGCCCCCUAGGAAGUAGGGAUAGGCAGAAGGGAACUGAGCCGCGGCGCUAGGAUGGGAAACAGUGCCCUCCGCGCUCAUGUGGAAACAGCGCAGAAAACCGGUGUCUUUCAGCUUAAAGACCGUGGUCUGACCGAGUUCCCCUCAGAGUUGCAGAAGCUGACAAGCAAUCUAAGGACCAUCGAUUUGUCCAACAACAAGAUCGACAGCCUGCCGCCUUUGCUUAUAGGAAAGUUCGCUCUGCUGAAGAGCCUCUCCCUCAACAACAACAAACUGACUGUUCUACCCGAUGAAUUAUGUAAUCUGAAAAAACUAGAGACUCUAAGUCUAAACAGCAAUCACCUGAGAGAGCUACCGUCCACCUUUGGGCAGCUUUCUGCCCUGAAGACCCUGAGCCUCUCUGGGAACCAGCUGGGAGCACUACCACCCCAACUUUGCAGCCUGCGGCAUCUGGAUGUAGUAGAUCUCUCUAAAAACCAGAUUCGGAGUAUACCCGACACAGUAGGGGAGCUACAGGCCAUCGAACUCAAUCUCAACCAGAACCAGAUUUCUCAGAUCUCAGUGAGGAUCUCCUGCUGCCCACGCCUCAAAGUCCUGCGCCUGGAGGAGAACUGCCUCGAGCUCAGCAUGCUUCCACAGAGCAUCCUCAGCGACUCCCAGAUCUGCCUGCUCGCUGUGGAAGGCAAUCUCUUUGAAAUAAAGAAACUUCGAGAACUAGAGGGUUAUGAUAAGUACAUGGAGAGGUUCACAGCCACCAAGAAGAAGUUUGCAUGAUGUUCUACAGGACCAUGAGAACCCUACAGGACAAAGACUUGGAAGCUCUGUUGGAAUCUGGCCGAGCUCAAGGCUCCUGAUGUGGGAGAUGCUCCAGAUGACAUUUCAUUUAAUAACUUUUUGAUAAGCUAAAGGAGAGGACUUAGGAGGCAGGAGGAGCCUUUCAUUUUGAGCCAUGGGUAGGGCGAUGGCCAGUGCUGGUCUUCAAAACCAGCAUCUAAGAAACUGGCUCUAAGAAACCAGGAGGUCGUUGCUGUUCAUUGAGUGAGGGAAUGCUGCCUGGUAACAGGAUGACUCCACACCACAGCUGGAGACUUUCUGGAGUUGUAGCACACCAGCUUUCAUAAAGUCAGUUACCACAUCACCUCUGUGUUAACACUUCAUAUUUUUAUGAAAUUCUAAUUUGUGGGCAACUUGUAUGGUUAAGGAUUUAGGCUUUUGUUCCAUGCUUCCACUUGGAACUUGGGGUGUACAUAAAUAUGUAGCUCUCUUAAAGCAAGUUUUACCAAGAGGAGCACCAACCCCUCAGCCACCAAGGAAGGCUGCAGUAGCAAUUUUUUUUUUUACUGUUGUGGGUGCCUUAUUGGUAGGGGGCUCAGAAGUGCUAAAAGUAUAUGCAAAAAUUGUAAAAUUUUUGUUUUUUAGUCAAUUUAGGUAUUUGCUAUGUAGCCCAGGCUGCCCUCUGAAUUACAUUCUCCCUGCCUCUACCCCCUUAAGUACUGGGAUUACAGGCAUGCGCCUCACUCAGCCUACUUGUAAGAUUUUAAAUGAAUUUUAAUAAUCAAGAUUUUCCUGGAGCUUUACUAAAAAUCAUGUGUUAUUUCUGGUAAUUUCUCCCAUUUUUGUAUUUAUAACUACUAAUCAAAUUACCUUCAAGAAAACCAUUGCUAUAAUAUUUUAAAAUAACCUAUGUUUAUCAUGGUUAUUCUCUGAAUGAGAGGAUAUACUAAAUAAAAUAUUUUUAAUGAACUUUGGAA